GCCCGGGCGGGACGCGCCCAUCGUGGGAUGCCCGCGCCCCGGAGGGCGGAUUCCGCGGUAGGCGCUGUCAGGUCUGCGAUUGAUCUCCCGGUGGGAUUUGUGGACAGUCAUGAAUCAGACCGAUGCUCCCCGGCCACUCAACUGGACCAUCCGGAAGCUGUGCCAUGCCGCCUUCCUCCCCUCGGUCAGGCUCCUUAAGGCACAGAAAUCAUGGAUAGAAAGAGCAUUUUACAAGAGAGAAUGUGUUCAUAUCAUACCCAGCACCAAAGACCCCCAUAGGUGUUGCUGUGGGCGUCUAACAGGUCAACAUAUUGGACAGCCUCCAAGCGCCUCUGUUACUCAGAAUGAGAAAAAUGAAACCAGGCUCACUCGCAAUGACAUCCAGUCGGAGAAGUGGUCCAUCAGCAAGCACACGCAGCUCAGCCCGACGGACGCUUUUGGAACCAUUGAGUUCCAAGGAGGAGGCCACUCCAAUAAAGCCAUGUAUGUACGUGUGUCUUUUGACACCAAGCCUGACCUUCUUCUGCAUCUGAUGACCAAAGAAUGGCAACUUGAGCUGCCCAAACUUCUCAUCUCUGUGCACGGGGGCCUUCAGAAUUUUGAACUUCAGCCAAAACUCAAACAAGUCUUUGGAAAAGGCCUUAUUAAGGCUGCUAUGACAACUGGAGCAUGGAUAUUCACUGGAGGAGUAAACACAGGAGUCAUUCGGCAUGUUGGAGAUGCACUGAAAGAUCAUGCCUCAAAGUCUCGAGGGAAGAUCUGCACCAUCGGUAUAGCUCCAUGGGGGAUUGUGGAAAAUCAAGAGGAUCUGAUUGGCAAAGAUGUGGUCCGACCAUACCAGACAAUGUCCAAUCCCAUGAGCAAGUUGACAGUGCUCAACAGUAUGCAUUCUCAUUUUAUUUUGGCUGACAAUGGCACUACUGGCAAAUAUGGAGCAGAGGUGAAGCUUCGUAGACACCUGGAAAAGCACAUUUCACUUCAGAAGAUAAAUACAAGAAUUGGUCAAGGGGUGCCAGUGGUGGCCCUUAUUGUGGAAGGAGGUCCCAACGUUAUCUCCAUUGUUCUGGAGUACCUGCGAGACACUCCUCCUGUACCCGUUGUGAUAUGUGAUGGCAGUGGCCGGGCAUCUGACAUCCUUGCUUUUGGGCACAAAUACUCUGAGGAAGGAGGACUUAUCAACGAGUCUUUGAGGGACCAGUUGUUAGUUACCAUACAGAAGACUUUCACAUACACCCGAACCCAGGCACAGCACCUCUUCAUUAUCCUCAUGGAGUGCAUGAAGAAGAAGGAGCUGAUCACAGUUUUUCGCAUGGGAUCUGAAGGACAUCAGGAUAUUGAUUUAGCUAUCCUGACAGCGCUACUAAAAGGGGCUAACGCAUCUGCUCCCGACCAGCUGAGCCUAGCACUAGCCUGGAACAGAGUAGACAUCGCUCGCAGUCAGAUCUUUAUUUACGGGCAACAGUGGCCGGUGGGCUCCCUUGAGCAAGCAAUGCUGGAUGCACUGGUGUUGGACAGAGUGGAUUUUGUGAAAUUACUCAUAGAAAAUGGAGUAAGCAUGCAUCGUUUUCUCACCAUCUCCCGGCUAGAGGAACUGUACAAUACGAGACAUGGACCAUCCAACACUCUACAUCAUCUAGUCAGGGACGUCAAAAAGCGAGAAUAUCCAGGUUUCGGUUGGAUCUAUUUUCAGGGAAACUUACCUCCUGAUUAUCGGAUAAGUCUGAUUGAUAUUGGUUUGGUGAUAGAGUACCUGAUGGGAGGAGCAUAUCGCUGUAAUUACACACGAAAGCGUUUCAGAACAUUAUAUCACAAUUUAUUUGGUCCCAAGAGGCCAAAAGCCCUGAAACUGUUGGGAAUGGAGGAUGACGUCCCUCUGCGUCGAGGGAGGAAAACAACAAAGAAAAAAGAAGAAGAAGUUGAUAUUGAUAUGGAUGACCCUGAGAUCAAUCACUUUCCCUUCCCAUUCCACGAGCUGAUGGUGUGGGCUGUGCUGAUGAAACGUCAAAAGAUGGCCCUCUUCUUUUGGCAACAUGGGGAAGAGGCUAUGGCUAAAGCACUGGUGGCCUGUAAACUCUGCAAAGCCAUGGCCCACGAAGCAUCAGAAAAUGACAUGGUGGAUGACAUAUCCCAAGAGCUGAACCAUAAUUCCAGGGACUUUGGCCAGUUGGCUGUGGAGCUGUUGGACCAGUCGUACAAGCAGGAUGAACAACUGGCAAUGAAACUGCUGACCUAUGAGCUGAAGAACUGGAGCAACGCCACAUGCCUGCAGCUUGCAGUGGCAGCCAAACACAGGGACUUCAUUGCUCACACUUGCAGCCAAAUGCUGCUCACAGACAUGUGGAUGGGUCGCCUCCGGAUGCGCAAAAAUUCUGGCCUAAAGGUAAUUCUAGGAAUUCUACUUCCUCCUUCAAUCCUCAGCUUGGAGUUCAAGAACAAAGAUGAUAUGCCCUACAUGUCCCAGGCCAGUGAGAUCCAUCUUCAAGAAAAAGAGCCAGAAGAACCAGAGAAGCCAGUGAAAGAAAAAGAUGAGGAAGACAUGGAACUCACUGCAAACAGCAGGAGCUGCCCACAGGACCCCGACUGCAGGCAGGCAGAAGGACCUGCCUACAGGACCCAAUAUGCAGGAAAGCCGAAGGAGCAGCCCACAAGACCCACCUACAGGACCUGUUUGCAGGCAAUGCUGGGACGAGGGAAUGGCGAGUCCUCAAGAAAGAAGGAGGAAGAGGAAGUUCAGAGCAGGCACAGAAUGAUCCCUAUUGGAAGAAAGAUUUAUGAGUUUUACAAUGCUCCCAUCGUUAAAUUUUGGUUUUACACGCUGGCAUACAUAGGCUACUUGAUGCUGUUCAAUUAUAUAGUGUUAGUGAAGAUGGAUCGCUGGCCAUCUAUACAGGAAUGGAUUGUCAUCUCAUAUAUUUUUACUCUGGGAAUAGAGAAGAUGAGAGAGAUAUUGAUGUCCGAGCCUGGGAAACUGUUACAAAAAGUAAAAGUUUGGCUCCAAGAGUACUGGAAUGUUACUGACCUUAUAGCUAUCCUCCUGUUCUCUGUUGGGAUGGUGCUCCGUCUGCAAGAUCUGCCACUCCGGAGCGAUGGACGAGUGAUAUACUGUGUUAACAUCAUUUACUGGUAUAUACGGUUAUUAGACAUCUUCGGAGUAAACAAGUAUUUGGGACCAUAUGUUAUGAUGAUUGGGAAAAUGAUGAUAGACAUGAUGUACUUUGUCAUCAUCAUGUUGGUGGUUUUGAUGAGCUUUGGUGUGGCAAGACAGGCUAUUCUCUUCCCCAAUGAGGAGCCUUCGUGGAAGCUGGCGAAAAAUAUUUUUUACAUGCCUUAUUGGAUGAUCUAUGGGGAAGUGUUUGCAGACCAGAUAGACCCUCCUUGUGGUCAAAAUGAAACCAGAGAAGAUGGCAAAAUAAUCCAGUUACCUCCCUGCAAGACAGGAGCGUGGAUUGUUCCCGCCAUCAUGGCCUGUUACCUCUUGGUAGCAAACAUCCUUUUGGUGAACCUCCUCAUUGCUGUUUUCAAUAACACAUUUUUUGAAGUCAAAUCUAUAUCUAACCAAGUAUGGAAGUUUCAAAGAUACCAGCUAAUCAUGACAUUCCAUGAAAGACCUGUUCUCCCACCACCUCUGAUCAUUUUCAGCCACAUGACUAUGAUAUUCCAACACCUCUGCUGCAGAUGGCGGAAGCAUGAAAGUGAUCCAGAUGAGAGAGACUAUGGAUUAAAGCUUUUCAUAACUGAGGAUGAACUGAAAAAGGUCCAUGAUUUUGAAGAACAGUGCAUAGAAGAAUAUUUUAGAGAAAAGGAUGACAGAUUCAAUUCCUCCAACGAUGAAAGAAUUCGUGUGACUUCAGAAAGGGUGGAGAAUAUGGCCAUGCGACUAGAAGAAGUAAAUGAGCGAGAGCACUGCAUGAAGGCUUCUCUGCAGACCGUUGACAUCAGGCUUGCUCAGCUGGAAGACAUGAUGGGACGGAUGGUGACUGCCUUAGAAAAAAUGACUGGCAUAGAGAGAGGUGAGACAACUAAGAUACGAUCCAGGACCUCAUCCGACUGCACGGAUGCAGCCUACAUCGUGAGACAGAGUAGCUUCAACAGUCAGGAAGGAAACGCUUACAAGCUUCAGGAGAGCAUAGAUCCCACAGGAGAGGAGUCCAUGUCCCCAACAUCGCCUACGAUCACACCCCGCAUGCGAAGCCACUCUUUCUAUGCAACAAAUAUGAAGGACAAGUGUGGGUUGGAAAAGCUGGAAAGCAUUUUUAAGGAAAAAUCUCCAAGCCUGCAUCGGGCAAUCAGUUCCCACUCAAUAGCAAAAGAAGGAAAGACUCCAUUAGCCCCUACAAGCACUUUGUCAAUCGCCCCAGACUCCAGAAGACCUUCAUCUUGUAUAGACAUCUAUGUUUCUGCUAUGGAUGAGAUGCAUUCUGACACAGAACCUCUCGAGAGCUCCAUAAAUAUUCUUGGUCCCGGAGAUGCAGCUCUGCAGGCUCACAUAGCCUCUUCCCUUUUAGCUGGCAGUGCAUACAUUAGCAGUACACCUGGUGAAAAAAUUUCUGGCAGGAGUCUUGAUUAUGAGGAAACCUCUGGAAUAGAAACAAGGGCAUUUUCUUCAGACUACUCACAAAUCACCGACUGUCAAAUCCCCUGGGAUUCAGAUCCUCCCUUGUAUCACACUUUAGAGCGAUCUAAAAGCAGUCGUUACCUGGCUACAACUCCCUUUAUACUGGAGGAAACGCCCAUUGUGAAAUCUCACAGCUUUAUGUUCUCUCCGUCUCGGAGCUACUUCAGCAGCCUUGGAGUCCCAGUCAAAACAGCAGAGUACACAAGUAUUACAGACUGUAUAGACACGAGGUGUGUGAGUGCUCCCCAGGCCAUCGCAGAGAGGGCCAGUUUCCCAGGAAGUCUUGGGGGCAAAGUGGAAGACUUGGGAUGCUGCCACCCAGAGAGAGAAGCUGAACUAAGCCACCCAAGCUCUGAUCAUGAAGACAUUGAGGCCAAAGAAAAGAAGGGAACCCCUUUAUCUCCUCAAGACAGCAAUGCUGCAAGAACUCUGGCCAACAGCAUCCCACUUCCAAAAAUAGAGCGAGCCAACAGCUACUCUGCAGAGGAGUCCAACAUGUUGUAUGCUCAGCACACGCGGAAGAGCUACUCUAUCAGUGACAAACUCGACAGGCAGCGAAACGCAACAGGCCUGCGGAACCCCUUUGAGAGGAGUAAGUCCUCCAGGCCAGAGAGCAGAGGGGACAACCUGUCCAUGAGGAGACUGUCAAGAACAGGAGCCUUCUGCAGCUUUGAGAGCAAACACAGCUAGGCUUAGACAAAGCUCACCGGCAGUCAAAGGGUCAUCUGUUCUCCAGUCCAUUUUGUCAGCAGAAUUAAAACCAAAAACCUUCACGUUACCAAGUGUCAACUCCAGUUGGCAUUAGCCACCGGUCAAGGGAGCACAUUGUCAAUCUCAGUAUCGCCCACUGAGGUACUGCAUUUUGACCCAGUUGACAUUUGCACUUAAGGAAAAAGGGAGGGAUGAAAGCUUUACAAAGACUUCGGUAAACAAGAGGAAUAAGAAUCCCCCUUUUUGAAGUCAGGAGAAAUAAAUUAAGAGGUAUAAAUAAAUUAAUAAAUAUCUGCCUUUUAUUAGAAGGCAUCCUAAAACCUUUGAUCAUUAUUCAAGUUUUUAAGAUGCAGAAAUUAACUGGCAAAAAGAGAUGUACAAUUUAAAUGUUCUAAGCUUCAAUCACAACCUCUUUUUCAUCUAUUUCACCAUUGUGAUGACUGAUGAAAAGCAUUUGUUAUUUCUGUAGGAACUGGCAGCAAACAAGACUCCCAAGUCCCUUGCAUCCCACACUUGUGGAAAUGAAGAAAGGUGAACACGACAACCAUAAUGUUCACUUGUCUCCUUUUAUAUCAACUUCUAGUGCCACAGAAAGUUUGUAUUCUGAAGAGCAGAAAGGGAAAUUAAAUGCCUUUUGUACUGCAACUUAAACAGAAGGAGAAUUUAUGCUAAAAUAUCAGGUGAUUUCCUGUAUAAAACAGGCAUUCUAGAUUCUAGCACAGCUGAGCAAGCUCAGGAUGAAUGUAAUUAAGUGGAAUAGUAUAUAUUUAUUUUUUUACCACAUAUUGUCUCACUAAAUCAAAGGAUGUGAUGGAACAGUAAGAAGAGGGUUAUCAGAGCAGAGCAUGGUAAUAUUGUCAGGUUCUUACUGCUCCGUUUAAUUAUGUACACAAAUUGGGGAGAUUUAUGCACCACACUGCUAUUGGGUUCUUCUUGCUGUUCCAUUUGAGCUGCCGACUUUUCACAUCAUUCCCUCAACUAAAAAUAUACACCUUUUUUUUUCAUGUGUACAUAGCUGUAUUUAAACAUUUCAAAGUAUACAAGAAUUGUCAAGCAAUCUGAAUCCAGAUUCAUGUAAUUAGACUGGAGUUGCUUAAAGGAAAAUGUUUUUGUCAGAGGACUGGAAAACACUAAAAUUUCUAUAUGCUUCUAAGGUAAGUUAAAGAACCAAAGUGAAACUGCAAGUGUCUGUAAAGAGCAAAAGCCAUCAGUUGUGACUAGGCUUCCACCGUUCAGCAGCUUAUGACACAAUGAGCAUUUUUUAUAGGAGGAAGUGUGUAUGAAUGGUAGUGCAGUGAUGGGUUUUGGUUGAAGACAGUUGUAACUCCGCUGAGCUGACCCAAGGGUCCACAAUGUCAACCGGACUUUUGAACUUCUCAUGAGAAGGUGUCCCAGGUCACAGGUGGAAGGGUAUGCAGAAGAUUGGAAAAGGGUAGAGAAGCAUAAACUGCAACUGGAUCAAAAUUUCACAUACUUUUGAAGGCGAAACAUUUAAGCUUUUAAAGAGUUGAAGCUAGUGCUAUUAAAAAUUAAAAUAUCUAUACAAUUACCAACAGCUGUGUAGAACCAGCUCCUUUUUGUUAUUAAAAAUGAAUACAUGAGUGGGGUACAUACUUCCCAUUAUUUAAAUGGGAAUCAUCUUUCAAAGGCACCUUUGAGAAUGCAGGCUGACGUUUUCUCACCGAGUCUUCACACUGGGAGACUCUGAGCACCAUCUGAAAGCUAAGUCUGAAAGGCAACAAAUCCAGACAGAAAAUGAUCAUCAGCCUCAGGAAAAGAGGCAAAGAAGGGGAAAACAUUUAGUUAACAAGUCACUGCGUUGGAAAGUUCAGGAAACAAAGAAAUGCAGCAAGGGGAUGUUAAGAACAGUGUUUCAUACUUCCUGCACCAGUGUGUUCCUUGCUUUCUUCUAUUUGUUCAGGCUUUCAAUGAGCUAAACUCCACCAAGACAGUGUGUUUAUGCAAUUGCCUUUCAGCCCAUGUGCAGCAUUACAGUCACAUGGCAAUACUAAGAAAGGUCAGAAACCUUUCUGUGCAUUAUGAAGCAUGCUUGUGGCAGGCUGAUUGUUGAACAAUAGCAAAAUGCCCAAGGGCAAAGGAACUUUAUUUAACAAUAUGCUUCAAAUGUGCCAACUUCUGUUAGCAGCCUUUUCCUAAGGCUUCUCCAAAUAUAUCUAUCCUUGGUGAGUAGAGGGGGAUAUUCUCACUUUGUUUUCUUUUGUUACUUUUAUGAAUGUCUGCUAAAACUAUUGUGGACUCUUUCAUUUUCACCGUAUUACUGGCCUACUCUAGAGGAAUUUCAGAUUCAUUACAAAUUCCUUAUCAGUGCUUAGUGAAUUAGUUCAAGGCAUUGGGUUCUCCUCUGGGGUAGAUUUCAUCUCUUAAUUUGUCAGGGUAAAGGAAUUUGCCAAACCUAGAAGCUGUAUAAAUGUUUAGGAUACAGCACCUUAUUGAUCUGGAGCACACAUUCCGGGUAAAAUGAAACAGGACACUUUAUUUACCUCUUAAAAUUUGCCACUAUGUAUAAAAUGUAAAUUCAGAUGUUAAAAGUGAGAUUGCAAGAUGUCAGAACACCACUGUUCCUGAAUGUUUCCCAUUUAUUCUAUGAUGUGGUUUCUACAGAAUAUAUAUUAUGAUGGAUGUUAGAUUAUUUUGUUUUCACCUGCUUUUACACACUGUAUCAAACUGCUCCUUUUUGAAUUUGAUGUUAAAACACCUAUUCCUUGCAAUGGGACCAGACUUCCCAUUCCUAAUAUUAUGAUCAUUUAGUGAGAGUGGAAGUCUUAUCAUCCAUGAUUGUGUAGCUAUAGCAUGUGCCAUAUGACAUAUUCUGUAUCAAAGGAUAACUUAUAAAGUAGACACAUAUAUAGUUGUGACAUGUGGUAAUAUUAGUGAACGUUACAGGACAGUUUUAAUAUUGCAUUAUAUGGUCUUGUUGUAAAUCUGUAACAUUCAAUAAAAUAGCACAUGUUGCAUCAAGCAUUAAGUUCCACUAUCCAAUUAUUAGCUUACAUAUGGAAUAUGCAUUUCUUGUCACAAUGUGUAAGUUUGGUAUGUUUCACACAUUUCUUUGUAUAGUUCUACUUAAAUGUCUGUUUGAGCUGAUGUAUAAACAGCUAAUGAGCUGCUGUGGGCCAUGACAGAUGAGUUGUGAUGGUGUGAAAGAUGAACUGGCAUGUUAUGCAAAAGAUUAUAAGAUAAAUGAACUUUAAUAAUAUUUUGAAACUCAAUUGAGCUUAGCUGUUUGUUUACAUACGCUGGUUGACUGAGGAAGCUGUGUGCAGUAUUUUAUAAAUAUUUUCCUAUAAUAAUCUGUUCUAUUGUUUCCGGUUUAAGUGAUUCUAUUCUACAGUUGGGGUAUACACUUGUCCUAGGUAUUGUAUUAUAGCACAAUAUUCUUUCACAAUAACAGUGUGAUAUUACUGAAGUAGUUUCUCUUUCUUACAGUCCAGUCUUUUUUUGUGUCAAAGAAAAUGCAUGCAUUGUUCCAUGAGUUUCUUUGGACUACUAGGAGACUUAACAUUUUACUAUUGCCUGCCUGUAAAGAUGAAUCCAGUUAGGAAUGAAUUCAAACUUUUGGAUGUUUACAUUAUUUCCAUUAUGUUUGAUCUUUAGCAAAGUAAGUGAUUUUUUUAUUAUUUUUAAAUGACAAUUGUAUUUUAUGAAAUUUGAAUACUCAAUACAAAAUGCGAACCUACAGCAGUGCUCAGACAUUUGGCUCUCUCUUUUUUUGGAAGAGAUAAGGUGCUACAUUAUUGUUCUUAGCACAAGUGCCAGUUAACAAAUGGCAGUGAGGGGAUAAUUUGAAAAUAUAAUAAAAAACCAAAACAUACAUUCAUCUACGUACGGAAAUCCCUCUGGGUUCCAGACAUAGAUUAAUUUUUUUCUUUAAUUUUCCAUUUAUAGAUUUUUUGGUAAAAAAAAAAAAGAAAAACAACAAAACUGAUUUGUACCUUUUGUGGAAUGGAUAGCCUUUUGUCAGGGGAUAAAUAUCUUAGUUAGGUAUAUUUUUUGUAUGAAAAGAAAAUGAUUUGUUUCUUAGAAACUGUCAGUGCAUGGAAAAUGCAACUACAUGAAUAACUGCUCAAAAAAUGUGCUGGUAGCAGCACACAGCCUUAGUCCAAUGACUGCAGUCAGAGCAAACGAGUAUCUGUCCUGAGAGCAUUAGUUAUCAAAGGUAUUAGACUGAACCAGUGAAACAAAAUGCUCUGUAAACUCGUGGUGCAGAUUUUCAAAACAAGCAUAAAUGUCUUGUUAUGUUGCUCAGGUUAAACACUUAAGAGGAUCUGAUAAUCACCAGAAGGGAAAAUGUGAGCUGGUCAUUCCUGGAUUUCCCUGGGAAUGCUUAAGUAGUUGUGAUGUCUCUCCCCUGCUUAAAAAUUAUAAUAUAUUUGCAUUUUUGCACAAUAUGCAUAACUGUUUUAAGAAAGGCCACAUUUUCAGUUCUGCUGAAAGAUAGUAGGCAUAGAUCAUCUUCUUCAAAAGAGAUGGGAAAGACUCCUAGCAUGGAUUUUUCCUUCAGCCACCUCAAAUGAAAACACAGUCCCAGCUGGGAUGAAGUAAAGUAUUGGGGGCGUCUGCUCACCUACUGAAGCCCUUCAUUACUGUAGGUGGUAUUCACUGUCCUUGCCACACAUUGGCACAAAAGCAGUAGUAUUGAAUGCGGAGGGACUUUGUUUCUGCACCCCAAUGAGAGUUACCCUGCUUUAUAGCCAGUCAUACAGUGAACACUGCAGGUCACACAGGUUUCUCUUCUCCAAGACUGACUACAAACUAUGGUCUUACUGAUGCUGGUGCAAAUCUGCAGAAAAUCCACUGAUUUGAAUGGCAUACUCUGACUUUUGUCAGAAGAUGGAUUUAUUCUGCAUUUCUAACUCUAUAUUACUUUGAGCCAUAGCAUGGGUUACACUAAAUUAUCUUCAAGCUGGAAGCCUAAUGACAGAGCCUUUGAGCCAGACUGGUUGUGAAACAGUCUCUGACCUUUUAAUUUCUGCUGUAUGCUUUCAGAUCUGUCGUAGGGCCACACAAUACUUAUUUCAAAGAGCUAUUAGGAAAAAACAUUUGAUUAUUAAAUUGCUGCUGUUUCUGCUGCAGGGAAGUGAUAACUCUUGUUUAUUUUAGUAUUUGGGAGGGAGGGGGAAGGGACAGAAGAGGGAACUGGAUGUGAAAUACAGUUUUAUGCCUGUACAAGAGUAAAUUGUAUUAAAGUUAUAUCCUUUUUCCACCGUUGCAAUUGUUGUACAUGAGGAGAGUCUAUUUGCUGCUACUGCUGUCUGGAACAGUGUUUGCAAUAUACUAUACUCAUAGCUAUUUAAUCGUUUAUUAUUUGGGCUAUCAUUUUUAAGUGUAUAACAAUCAUUUAUAAAGGGAUAAAAAUUAUUAAAAUGUCAUUUUAAACAAAUUCCUACUAAUACAAAGCUUUUCAAGUAUGAUUUGUCUAAAUGUACAUAACUAGGGAAAAUGGUCCUUUCCAAAGGUCUACUGGAUUCACAAUGCACUUUUAGACUGUGUUUAGAUGCGUAAUAAAGAGCAGAAGUUGGCAAUUACUACAGUAGAACUUUCUGAAAUUUCUGUAACAAUUGUUUUGCAAUAAAAAAAAGAGAUGUAGAUAAAAACA